ACGACACACACACACCAUGGGCCAGAUUGUUAGUAGCUUCACAGGCAUCUUCUCUAAGUUGUGGGGCAUAGACCGAGAGAUCCGCAUUUUGAUCCUCGGGCUUGACGGUGCGGGCAAGACCACCAUCUUAUACCGCUUGCAGAUGGGCGAGGUGGUGAAGACCAAGCCGACCAUCGGCUUCAACGUGGAGACGUUGAAGUACAAGAACUUGACAUUAAAUAUCUGGGAUUUGGGUGGUCAAACGUCCAUCAGACCGUACUGGCGCUGUUACUAUGCGAACACCGCGGCCGUCAUCUUCGUGGUGGACUCCACCGAUAAAGACCGUAUCGAGACCGCCGCUAAAGAGUUGCAUUUGAUGUUGCGCGAGGAGGAGUUACUGGACUCUGCGUUGCUUGUGUUUGCCAACAAGCAGGACCAACCGGGCGCCAUGACCGCCGCAGAGGUCUCGCAAGCUUUGUCCUUGACAGAUUUGAAGGACCGUUCGUGGAGCAUCGUCGCCAGUAGUGCUAUCAAGGGCGAAGGGUUGUCCGAGGGGUUAGACUGGCUCAUGGACGUUAUCAAAGAGGAACAACUCUAAUCGAUCACCCUGAUGGUGAUAUCGCAUAGCCAUAGCACCAUCGUCUGUUGACAGCCGUGUGCCGUCAUCCUGUAUUCCUAAUAUCCUAAAAUAAAUGUAUAAUUCCGAUG